UAUAAGUUCAUUUUAAAAAGUUUGCAGGCUUACUAGAAAAGGCAACAGCUAAUUCAUUUAAAAUAGUUUAGGAUGGCUACAUUAAUAUUAUUGUCGCUGUAGAAAUAUUUUUCUUAACACUUAAAAAUAAUUUUGACACAACAAACAUUAACCAACACCACAAUUUAUAGCUGUGUGAUUUUUGACAACGUUCGACCAUUUGCUUGGCUUGACAAGUGAAAAUUCCCGAAACUAUUGCAAAAAGUCGUGAAAGAAUAACGAAAAACUAGAGAAAAAUGAGUGAGACACCUGAAAAACUAAAGAAGCAACUGAUUGAAGAUGAAAUUCGAGAUAAGGAAGAGCAAAAGGGUAUGGAAAUUCAGCAAGCUCUUAGCCAACCGGCGGAGAUGAAAUCUGGCGGAGAAUCUGAGCCGGAGGUGGAUGAAAAUGGGAAAAGCCCAACCAGUAAGCGUUCGACAUCAUCGAGUUCGUCCAGCUCGAGCUCCAGCUCCACUUCCUCGGGUCCAAGCACUUCCUCGAGUUCUGGCUCGAGUGAAGACUCUGAUGGCGGUUCCACCUCUACCGCAAGUGCCCCUUCGAUCCAGAGCUUCAAGUUCAAAAGUCAGUGGCGGGAAUCCUCUACAGAAACUACCACUACCAACUCUGAUACUAACAAGGGGAUGGCAGCCAAAAGCGCCGUCAAAGGCACUUAUAAUCCCUGGAAGAGGCAAUCGAGGAGCAGGAGCAGCAAUCUCCCUCAGAAUCCGUGGAGAAGCCGUAGUCCCAAUCGGAUUUUCAAUCCUUGGAGGCAGCAACCGCAAGGUGAGCGCAUUUCGAAUCCUUGGCGGUCUAGCAGACGCAGUCCCCGGAAAGGGCAAUCGAUGGGCAGGCGUUCACCGACCCUUAUUCCGGGUCACAAUCCCAGGACAUGCUCGCCCAAUCGCCGCCCGUCCAGGCAAUCGAUGUACCGGAACAGAAGUCCCCCCCAAACAUCGCGGAGGAGCCGCAGUCCCCGCAGUCCCCGCAGUCCCCGCCGGAAUGCCGUCAAUCCUUGGAAGCAACCACAAGAUCAGCGGGAGGAUCUGGAGCGGAACGAAGCGGAGCUCUACCGACGCCGCCACAAGAUCACAUUGGCCAGCAAUGAUCCGCGACCCGUGCCCAAGCCGGUGAUGAGUUUCCGUCGCAGUGGACUCGGCGACUCGAUAGCCCGGCAAUUGGAACGCCAGGGGUACGAGGCACCCACUCCCACCCAGGCGCAGGUCUGGCCAGUGGCCCUGGCGGGCAGAAACCUGGCCAUGGUUACCGGCAAAUGCUCGGGUAAAACGUUGGCCUACCUGCUGCCCGGCAUAAUGCAUAUCCAGCGGAAUGGACGCCGCCAGCUGGCCGGUGGACCCACUGUCCUGGUGCUGUCGGAUUGUCGCGCGGCGGCCGCGAAGGUCCACCAGAAGGCACUGAUCUACACGAUUCCCCACCAGAUCGACACCCAGUGUCUGCUGGGCAAGCUAAAUGGCAGGCAGUUCGAUUGCCAACUGCUGGUGGUCGCUGCCAGUCGCCUGCCGGACAUUCUGGGCGGGAAUGGCAAUGGGAAUGGAGGGGGAGGGGGACGGAGCCGGGCGCUCUGCCUGGAUCGCUGCACCUAUCUGGUGGUGGCCGGCAUCGAUCGCUUGAUCGACAUGGGCCUGGAGGCUGAGCUAGGCCGUCUGCUCUGUCGGAUGAGUUCCCAGGCCCAGGUGGUCAUCACCGCCGCCAAGUGGUCAGGCGAACUGAAGCGGAUGGCCCGCAAGUAUAUGGAUGACUACACCAUGGUAAGAGUGGACUCAGGGCUCGCCAGUUCGCCCCCGAGGAGGGCCAGGUUCCUGGGCAAGCUGCGCCAACGGGUGGAGGUCAUGAAGUCGCGCGUCAAGAUGCAACGCCUUCAGAGGGAGCUGACGGCCAUCUACGAUGCCAACGAUCGUCCCGGCAAAGUGGUCGUCUAUGGGGAAUCCAACAAGCGUGUGGACGUCCUGGCGGCCCUGAUCCGUAUCUAUGUGCCCUGCGGCGGCAUCCACAGCGGACGCACCCAUGCGGAACGCAAGGCCACAAUGGAUGCCUUUCGCAAUGGCACCUACAACAUCAUCGUGGUCACGGACACCACAAUUCGGGGACUGGAUCUGCCAGACGUUAAACACUUGAUCAACUACGAUUUUCCCAUCUCCAUGAAGGAGUAUGUCCAUCGCCUGGGAAUCCUUUCCAGUUCCGCCGAGUGCGAGGCCGUCAGUUUCUUCGGCCAUUUGAACCGCCACCUGGCCGAGCCCUUGAUCGGUUUCCUUGAGAAGUCCAAGCAACAGAUUGAUCCGACUCUGAUCAGGAUGGUCGGCAACCCAUUUCGCAAUCCUCAACGUCAACAUCAAAAUCAACACCAACAUCAACGCCAUGGCAAUCGCAAUCGCAAUGACAAUUGAAACAACCAUCGUAGCUGGACAUCAUCAUUUAAAUAAAACCAAACCGCAGAGCAAACAUUUUGAUGGGUAAACGUAAUGAAAUGCCACAACCGCCAUCACCAUUUUUUCUAAAUACUGCGUUAACCCAAUAAAUGUUUAUCGAUUGCCUUGGCCAAUGGAUACCAAGUGGAGAGUUCGGGACUUAAAAAUUGAGGGGGUUUCUUUGAGUGCACGUAGCCAAAGAAAGUUGUGCAUCCAGAGCAGAGAAUACGUGAUGUUAUGCAAGUGAAGAACAGGAAAGAAAUGCAUGCCAUCAAUAUUCAAAUAAAGUACUUUAACUCCACAAAG